AUGCGCAGAAAUGAACUGCUGAACUACUACUUAUCAAGUUUUCUAAUAUUAUCACUAUCAUAUGCUUCUAUCCAUGCCGAAAAAGAUCUCUUGCCUCAAUCCACUUCCAGUGAAACAUUCCUAACAGAUGAAGACUUUUUGAGGCCACUGUAUGAUGACGAAACAUUUUUAACGGAAAAAGACUUCAAAAACGGAGAAAAACUAGGUGAAGACCACGUGGCGGCUGGCUCAAUUCUUUGGAAACAAGUCUACAAAAAAGGAGACAUUCGUGGAAAAGCAGCUUGGAAAUUGGAUUCAAAAAACAGUGAGAGUUUGCGAAGGAACGGUGUGAUAACUGGAACAAGAAAAUGGCCGAACGGCAGGAUUCCAUACGUGAUAUCGAAUCAGUAUAAUGAUAGAGAAAGAGCAGUUUUGGCAAGAAGUUUUCAGGCAUAUCACGACAAGACCUGUGUGAGAUUUGUUCCACGAACAGCUGUAGAUAAUGACUAUUUGUAUAUUGGAAAGAUUGAUGGUUGCUAUUCGGACGUUGGAAGAGCUGGUGGACGACAAGAACUAUCAUUAGACAAUGGUUGUUUGCAGUAUGACACUGCAAUUCACGAGCUGAUGCAUUCAGUUGGUUUCUAUCACGAACACGAACGGUGGGAUAGAGAUGAGCAUAUCACGAUUCUAUGGCAUAAUAUUGAUCGCGAGGCGUACGACCAAUUUGGAAAAGUAGAUCUAGCCGAGAGCUCCUAUUAUGGACAAUUAUACGACUAUUAUUCUAUCAUGCACUACGACUCACUUGCUUUCUCCAAGAACGGAUUCGAAACAAUGGUUGCAAAAGCUCCAGAGAUGACAGCAGUCAUCGGUGCUGCAAUUGAUUUUAGUCCGAUCGACAUUCUGAAAAUGAACUUGAUGUAUCAAUGUAGCGAUGUUAAACUUCCAGCAACUAUUGUUGCAAGUACGGUACCACCGGCCGUAGUUCCAGCACCAGCUCCUGGGAUUACGGUAGUAGAGGAUGAUUGCCGAGAUAGAACAAAUUUGUGUUGGCGGUGGAUCGAUCGUUGCAAAUCAUUCUUCUUCGAACAAAUCAUGAAAGAAUUUUGUGCCCUCUCCUGUGGCUACUGUACUCCAAAAACACUCCAAACUGCAAAAGCAUCACCUCCAAACUACAGUAAUACGAUGCUCACUAAAUCGAGCACUUCGUAUCUGCAACACGGAUAG